AAACGUGAAGUGUCAGGGCGUGUGUCUGUGCGCGUGCAAGCAUGUUUCCUCAUAAACGCGCGUGGACAUGAUACAUGUACAGGAGAGGGAGCGUUGCGCGCAAUGACGCAGCGCGGUUGGAUUACAGGGGAAACAAACAGCUGCGCGCGCGCGGGGAAUGACACUGUGCAGAUUGAAGGAUUUGAAACUCCUGGGGCCCAACAAAUACUCAGCGGCGCCUGAUGGAGGCUGGGGAUGGGCGGUGGCAGCGGCCUUCUUCCUGGUGGAGAUCUUCACUUAUGGAACCAUCAAGGUUUUUGGAAUCUUCCUGCUGGACCUGAUGACGGAGUUCGAGGAGUCCAACAGUCGGGUCUCCUGGAUCGUUUCCAUCGCCGUCUUCGUCAUGACCUUCAACGGUCCUCUCGCCUCCGUGAUGACAAACCGCUUCGGCUACCAGUUUGUGGUCAUGGUUGGAGGAUUGCUCAUUUGCUCUGGUACCAUCGCCACCGGCUUCACCACCUCCGUCAAUCAGAUAUACCUCACGUAUGGUUUAGUUGCAGGCUUAGGCUACUGUCUGACCUUCUUGCCCACCGUAACCAUCCUGUCUAAGUACUUUAACCGUCGGCGGUCUCUGGUCGUGGCUGUGGCUUCCACAGGAGAGUCUCUGUCGUUAUUCGCCCUGGCGCCAGCCUACUCUGCAAUCAGAGACCAAAUUGGCUGGCGACACACCAUGAUGCUGAUCGGAGCUUUGCAGAGCAUCGUCAUCGUCUGUGGCGUGCUGCUUCGGCCGAUCAUCAUCGAACCCAGAGAGCCCGACGACACAGACGCCAACAAAUCCUUCCCCAAAGAGCUGGAAGCCCUUCAGGAAUGUGAACACGUGGAAGGAUCCAUCCCAGAGGACUGCUUGAGGAAAGAAGACGAGAUGAUUGACGGCUACGGCAGCACCGGAGUCUCUGAUCUGAAGUGUCUCCAGGAGGAGACGAACGCUCUACUGCAAAAAGAUGGAAUGAAAGAGGCGGAGCUGAAACCAGAACGAGCAAGUCAGGAAAAGGAUGAGACGAACAGAGAUGUUGAGAAGCAAAUCAUAAACGAGAAGUCCUCGGACUGUUCGAAGCUCUUAGACUUCUCCAUCCUCCGCGAGUGCAGCUUCAUCUUGUAUUCCCUCUUCGGACUGUUUGCCACUCUGGGCUUCUUCGCCCCGCCGCUCUACGUCAUCGAGCUGAGCGUGAGUCACGGCGUGGAACGCGACAGAGCCGCCUUCAUGCUCUCCAUCAUGGCUGUGGCGGAAAUCCUGGGACGAUUCUUUAUCGGGUGGAUCUUAUCGCGGAGGCUUUUCAGCGGGAGGAAGCUCCUGGUGCUCCUGGCGUGCGUCCUCGUUAUGACCGUGGAUCUGGUGGGAUUCACUCUGGUCAAAGAGUUUUACGGACUGGCCGUUUGCUGCGCCCUGUACGGGUUCUUUAUGGGCACCAUAUCGUGCACCCACAUCCCCUUGCUGGCUGAGGACGAUGUGGUGGGAAUAGAGAGGAUGAAUUCGGCGGGGGGCGUCUACGUGUUCAUCCAAAGCUUUGCCGGAUUGGCCGGACCGCCGCUUGGAGGUGUGCUGGUGGACGUGACUAACAACUACGGCGCCGCGUUCUACUCCUGCGCCAUCGGCAUGGGGCUGAGCGCCUUGUUCCUGGGUUUAGUCAGACCCGCCAAGAACGGAAUGCUCUGCAGAAGAGGACGCUCCAAACAUUCUGCACUAGAUCCACCAAAUAAAGACGGCUGCGAGGAACAAAGUGGAGAACAACGGACAGAAAUAAGAUCCGACUGUCUCAACAAUUCCCUCCAGUCGGGUGACAGAGCGGCCGUGUGCCCGGAGGACGAUGUCGGACAUUGAUGCUCAAAUGAUGGAACUGUUGCACAAACAAGUCAAGCAAAUAAAACAAUAAUGUGAAUUUACAGAGAACUAUAAAAACUAAGUUCUACUAAGAUAAUUCUGUAUUUUGGCAUUUUUUAGGAAACUUUUUGAAUAAUUACAUGAAAUACCAAAAAGUGUUUUUACUACAAGUAAUUCUGAACAAAUGAAAAUAGCAUUUUUUAGUAAAUUAUGCCUGGUGGCCAUAAAGGACAAUCAAAAUGUGUCGAACAUGUCUAAGCAAUUUUUUUAAAAAUAAAAGAUACAUUGAAUUGAAA